GUAUAUCUCAACUUGGUAAUGAUUAAUAAUCUAAAUAAAAUACCAAAAAUGGAAUUGUCUUGUUCUCUUGUCUAAUUGGGUAAGAAAGAAGUAGUCAAAUUACAUCCGAAAUGUAAGAAAUCUGUCAAUUUUUAGUCACAAAAAAUACUUAGAAAUCCAAUAUCCUCAAAAUUGAUAAAUCAAUCCUUACUAAAAAUGGAAAGUUCAGCAAUUAGCAGCAAAAAUAUCGAUGAAAUUCAGAAAACUAUUCACCAAUUUAUUGAAUCCAAACAAUCAUCAGCUACAGAAACUUCCAUGGGAAACGACGGUGAUGGCGAACGCCGGCUCCUCGUAAAACUGCUUUCUCAGUUGGAAACUAUGAAAGAAGAUGAAAUUACCAACCAAAAUGAGCUAUCGGUUGAGCCAAAGGAGGUACCUUCAGGUAGAGCCAGUGAAGAAGAAACAAAGAGCCGUGAUGAAAGUGAGGUGUCUAAGAAAAACACAGCGGUUGAAGCAGAAGAUGUAGUUAAAGAACUGAAAAAAUUAAAUAAACAGAACAGAACUACACAUUGGUUACUUUCAGCACUUAUUGUUCUCACUAUUGCUUGGCAAGUCUCUGAGGUCUCCCUGUUACUAAAGCUAAAGUCUGGCUUUUCUAAUCCAUUUAAAUCUCUUGGAAAAAUGUUUACCGGAAUGGUUAAACGCCGUGCAUUUCAAGAGGAAGAAGCAAAUGAAAGUUCUGUACUUGCUAAGGUAAAUGGGAGAGAGACGUCUGAGAACCCUCUUAAACUUCCCAGCAUGGAUAUUGCAGGAUUGAUAAAUGGGGACGGUGAAUGACAGUUUUGCAUUUCCUUUUUUUUUUUUAACUUGUUCGCAUUGAUUAAGUGUAAAGUUUUUCACUGUGAAUUGAGUUACGAAAACAUCAAACUUAGUUUGCUCAAAAGAAACUGUUGUAUGCUUUUUAAAUUUUGAUGAUCAAUUGUUCACUUAAUAUUUUGAUAGGGAGUGCCAGUUUUGAGCAUUUUUUGAGGUUUGAGGGUUGCUUUGACGCGGAACAAGGUGAUUGAGGAAAGGAAGGAUUGUUUGUGCACAUUAGAUAUGGUCCUUACAUAAUAGUUUCUCUGUUCUUUUUUACUUGACUCGAUUUGACUUCU